GGAUCAGGAGCAGGAGGGAGGAAUCCCCCGAAGCACCGGCAAACUGGCCACCACAAGCUAUCGGUUGGUCGUGGCGCCGGCGGGCAGCCAGCGGAGUUCGGCUGGCAAUGUGGUGGUCACGACCACGACCACCUCCUCGGGCAGCAACUCCUCGAAUGGCGGGGGUAACAACGCGGGCAGCAGUUCGGGCAGCGGCGGUCUCAAUGUGACCACCAUCACAACGACUGGCGGAGGAGGAGGCGGCGGCGGAGGAGGAGGCGGUGGCCAGCUGCAGAGUGGCGGCAACAGUUCCCAGAGCAAUGGGACCACCUACAAGAUCGAAAUGCUGGACGAGGAUAUCCAAAGUUUAGGCUCCGAUGACGACGACGAGGAUCUGAUCAGCAGCGAUGGCAGUUUGUACGAGGGAGAUCUUGGUUCCAUGCCCGUGAACGAUGACGUGGCCCACCAGUUGGCCGCCGCCGGACCAGUGGGCGUGGCAGCAGCGGCUGCCAUUGCGAGUUCCAAGAAGCGCAAGCGACCCCAUUGCUUCGAAACGAAUCCCUCGGUGCGGAAGAGGCAACAGAAUCGAUUGCUACGCAAGCUGCGCGGGAUUAUCUACGAGUUCACGGGUCGCGUGGGCAAACAGGCUGUGGUUUUGGUGGCCACACCUGGUAAACCCAACACUAGCUACAAGGUUUUCGGAGCCAAGCCGCUGGAGGAUGUGCUGCGCAACCUGAAGAACAUUGUGAUGGACGAACUGGACAAUGCGUUGGCCCAGCAGGCGCCACCGCCGCCACAGGAUGAUCCGUCGCUCUUCGAACUGCCCGGCCUGGUGAUCGAUGGCAUACCCACGCCCGUGGAGAAGAUGACCCAGGCGCAGCUGCGAGCCUUCAUCCCGCUGAUGCUGAAGUAUUCGACGGGGCGGGGGAAACCCGGUUGGGGCAGGGAGUCCACGCGACCGCCCUGGUGGCCCAAGGAGCUGCCGUGGGCCAAUGUGAGGAUGGAUGCCCGCUCCGAGGACGACAAGCAGAAGAUCAGCUGGACGCAUGCGCUGCGCAAGAUCGUGAUCAACUGCUACAAGUACCACGGCAGGGAGGACCUGCUGCCCACCUUUGCCGACGACGAGGACAAGGUCAACGCUCUGAUCUCGCAAUCGGGCGACGAGGACGAGGACAUGGAGCUAUCGAAUCCUCCCACCAUCCACACGGUCACCACCAUGACGCCGCCGACGGGCAAUAGCAAUCAACCGCAGCAGGUGAACGUGGUGAAGAUCAACAGUGCCGGAACGGUGAUCACCACCCACACGGCCCAGAGCAACACGCCUGCUCCGACGAUCAUCCAGAGCACCAAUAACCAGCAUGUGACCACGACGGCCACGCUGCCUGCCUCCACGAAGAUCGAGAUUUGCCAGGCGCCGCAGCAGCAGCAACAGCAGCAGCAGCAGCAACAUCACCAGCAGCAGCAACACCAGCAACAGCAGCACCAGCAACACCACCUGCCCAGCACGGUGCACAUCCAGCCGGUGGCCGGUGGGCAGCCGCAGACGAUUCAGUUGACCACGGCCAGUGGAACGGCGACGGCCACCGCGGUGCCGACGACAGCGGCCGCCGUGAGUGCGGCACAGGCCCAUGCCCACGCCCACAACCACGCCCACUCGCAUUCGCAGGCCCAUGGACACGCGCACUCGCAGUCGAGUGGCAACCAGACGGUCACCGCUCAGCAGAUCGCCAAUGCCCAAGUCUGCAUCGAGCCCAUUACGCUGAGCGACGUUGAUUACACCACGCAAACGGUGCUCUCCCAGAAUGCCGAUGGCACCGUGUCGCUGAUCCAGGUGGAUCCCAACAAUCCCAUCAUCACACUGCCGGAUGGAACCACUGCCCAGGUGCAAGGUGUUGCCACGCUCCACCAGGGCGAAGGAGGCGCCACCAUCCAGACGGUUCAGAGUCUCACCGAUGUCAAUGGGCACGAGAACAUGACCGUGGAUCUCACCGAGACGCAGGAUGGCCAAAUAUACAUAACCACCGAGGAUGGUCAAGGCUAUCCCGUUUCGGUGAGCAAUGUGAUCUCGGUGCCCGUCUCCAUGUACCAAUCGGUGAUGGCCAACAUGCAGCAGAUCCAGACGAACAGCGAUGGAACCGUCUGCCUGGCGCCCAUGCAGGUAGAUACGAGUGCCAAUCGCGGUACUAAUGCCACCGCCACCAGCUCCUCCUCCGCCUCCUCCUCCUCGUCUCCUUUGGCGGGCAAUGUUCAGUGCUACUCGCUGAUCUCAGCGGGUUCAGCAGCGGCGGUUCUAGGUCGUCGCACUGCCGCUGGUGGAGUGGUGAACCAGCAGGGGGGGCGUUACUACCUGGCCACCGCCGCCGCCUCAGCCGCCACCACUAGCAGCAACAACAACAAUAGCAGCCUGGCGAAUAAUAACAAUAAUAGCAUAAAGAUGCCACUGCCCAUGCCCAUUGUACUGGCCACGCCCAGUUUGCCGCAGGUGGCAACCAGGUCCACCAGAAGGGGCGGGAUUAGCGGAGGAGGAGGAGCUGCAGCUGUCGCCGCCGGAGGAGGAACUAACUCCAUGGUGAUGGUUCAGAAGCGAAGAAAAGCGAGUGCCGCCCUAAAAAGUAGAACUCAUCUAAAGGCCAGUGAAGGGAACUCCUCCAUUCGAUGCGUGGAUAGCGCCAGUUUGACCCAGCUCCAGCUGCCUUCCAUCAAGCUGGAGCACCUGGAAUAGUAGUAGUGACCCACCCCUCAUCCAAAGAAACACCAGCCCAUCUCGAAUCUAGUCAAAUGCGGCUUUGCACAAAACACAAACAAGAAAUCUAAAAUCUAAAUGAGAAACUAGGAAGAUAAGAGGGAAACUAAUGCACUUGCCAUUUAAGCCUGUAAACUUAGACACAUGCACAUUGUGAAUGCCAAAAAAAUUAGUAGAGAUACUAAACUGUACGAAUUGAAUUUAGUGCCGGAAAAAGAGAGGAAGACCAAAUAAUUUGUUGAUAAUUGAAACCGAAAACCAAAUCAAAAACAGAGCUAAAUCAAAAACUAAAAUUGUUCCUAGUUAGAAAAGCAGUUAACAGAGCUACAAAACAUUUAACAUACAAUUUGUUUAGUUUUUAGCCAUUUGUUUAGUAGUUAAGUCGACGAGGAGUACAGAAGAUAAUCGUGCAAAUAAUCUUGCUUAGAGCGCAACACACACCAAAUAUUAACCAAUUUAAGUUGUACCAUUUGGGUAAGUUUUAGUCAGUAAGUAGUAAAGCGAACAGGGAUCAGCCUAGGCGUAAAAUAUGUAUGUACUUGUCAGCUUGUGAAUUUUAGCCACCCUUUUAGACCCACCAUCCAAAAACCAUCCCCCAGAAAAAAAGAAAACGUAGUCAAUUCGCAUUGAAAAUGCGCUAAAAUGCGGGGAAACGAGUUUGCCAUUGGAGUUAGUUAGCUUUAUGCGGGAGAUAUAUGUGCUAUAUAUAUAGAUAUAUAGAUGUAGAGGGGAUUCGAUAUAUUCUCCUCGAAGUGCGUGCAAAAUAAUUUUAUGUUGAUCUAUAACUAUUACUAUUACCAUUAUUGCUAUUGUGUUUUUAAUUCAAUUCAUUAUUGCUAUUACCUAUUACUAUUGUGUUUAAAUGUUUGAUUUUAUAUAUACCGCACUUAUUUGAAUUGUUUUAGACCAAAUUUUAUGUUUAAUCGAAUGAGAGAAGCCAACAAAUUUUAUUGAAUAAAUCUUUUGUUGUUGUGAUUUUAUUAUAAUUUUACCUUUGAAUUUUUGCUAGUAAAUAAAGCCCAGCAAAUGAAUUUGAAUAUUA